CUCGCCACAUUCAGAACUUAGCCUUUCGAACGUGUGUUUCUUUGUUUUUUUUUUCUUUUUAAAGAAACAGUGAUUUAGUGCUAGUGUUUUAGUUUACAGUGAUCGUAAUAUACAACCGAAAAUGUCCUUUAAGUCGGUGAUCUUGAUGCUGUCAAUAGCUGCGUGCGCGCAGGCCCGUCUGUACGCAUACCUCCGGCCGUUCAAGGGGGCGGAUUUGCAGCCGGCAGCUACCCUCAUUCAUGCUUCAGAACCUCAGCUGGAGUACGGCCAUCAUCACCAGCAUCAUCAUCAUCAUAUAGAUGAAGACGAACAUGUGGAUUACUAUGCGUAUCCGAAGUACGUGUUCAAGUAUGGUGUGAAUGACUUCCACACAGGAGAUAUAAAGACGCACCACGAGAGCCGCGACGGCGAUGUUGUCAAAGGUCAAUAUACAGUAGUAGAGCCUGACGGUUCAAUCCGUACCGUGGACUACACCGCCGACAAACACAACGGGUUCAACGCUGUUGUACACAAGACAGCACCCAUAUCGCAGCACGAAGCCGCUCAUUUGCACCACCAUUAUUGCCUGUGUAAUCCACACAUUAUGUGCAUGGGAAAGAUUUCAUUACAGAUACAGUCUAAGGAUAUGAGGAACUGCAUCUUUGUUGCCAGAGAACAAUACCAUGCUAACCUAUCAAGGUUACGUGUUGUGUGUUACGUGAAGAUAUACAGGCGGUUAGACGUGUUUUAUGCAAAGAUGUGUCGGUGUCAGUGUUGGUUGUUCGUUGCGUUUGUUUGUUUUGCACAAGCGAGGAAACUUGCCUAUGAUCCUGCGUACGCGCCGGGUUACCAACUCAAACAUUAUGAUAAACCUAAAUACGCUUUCAACUAUGGAGUAGCAGACCAUUUUACCGGCGAUAUAAAGUCGCAGCACGAGACGCGAGACGGCGACGUUGUAAAAGGCCAAUAUUCUCUCCUCGAGCCGGACGGCUCCGUCCGCACCGUGGACUACACCGCGGACUCCGUCCAUGGAUUUAACGCUGUGGUGUCUAAGUCAGGGCCAAGUGUGCAUGCUGCCCCUGCUGCCCCUCGUCCCUCCCCAGUACCAGUUGCGCCCACGGUACCCGCUGCCCCCGCAGUACCAGUUGCUCCCGUGGUACCCGCUGGCCCCGCGGUACUCGUUGCCCCCGCUCCUUCAGCAGCUCCAUUGAACCCCGCCAUUCAGUACGCAACGAGGCCGAUCCCUGUACCUGUCGAGAUUCCCAAUCAUGUGUUCACGAAGCAGGUUUACACGCCAGUAGGAAUUUACGUAUACCCUACAUCGGGUCCUACGCAGUUCCCGGAAUAUGACGCAGUCGAGUAUGACGGAUUCUAUUCAGCACCACCAAACGUAAAUUAUUAUCAGGAUAUAAGUUAUGUUAAGUAGAAUAUAUGCCACAACAUCAGUGUAUUGAAAUAUUAUAGAAUGUACAAUUAAAAAUUUUAGCUGUU